AUGACGGCGCAGACAGACCUUCUUCUUGCCCAGCGUGCGGCUGCGAGCAUUCCUGAGGAGCCCCAGCCCGAAUCGGCCACACCGUCACUUACAUACUCGAGCUCUGACGAACAGGAGAUUGAAGAGCCAACAAAACCGGUCCCACGUCGCCGGCGGGCGUCCACACGCCUGAUCGCCAAGAGCCCGGAAGAUGUGCAACGCAUAACCGGUGAGACGACAACGCAAUUGAUCCGGCGAUGCUGCGGCGGAGGCUGCUGUCUUGGUGGUGCCCCGAAAAAAGACAACAACGUGGAGUACGAGGCGAUCGAGCUUCCCGAUAAUGACGCAUACCGUUCUUUGAACCUCAAGAUUGACAAGAUUCCUACCACCCUCAGCGGAGUGUGCGAUGUUCCCGAGCAAACGGCUUUCCUGCAACCCGUUCGCCGGCCCUCCAAUGUUCCAUCGCCAUCCGAGCCUGCUGUGCCGUUCGGCACGGAGAGUGACACCACUUCGUCAGUGGCCGGCAUCGAAAAGACACUCCAUGACUUGACAUUGGAGAGGCUCGACACACAAAUACAACCUCCCAAAUUUGUGCAACCACACCCGCCGCACCAUGUGUUCCCCGCGCGCAUUCACAACACUCGCGAGUUGACCAAGCCUGGUGCUGAGAAGCGCACCUUCCACUUCGACCUUGAUGUCACCAACUAUCCAGAGGGUGAGGAUGUUGACUUCAAAGUCGGUGGCGCAAUCGGCGUGUCUGCGCCCAACGAGGCUUCUAUAGUGCAGGAGAUCCUCGACUUGCUCCUGGUCCCCCGAUUUCUUCGCGACAAGCCUGUGCUCCUCCGGACGACCAAGGGCCGUUGGCCAACCGUUUGGGGCGCCGACCAGGCUCGUGAGAUUGUCACCACCCGCCGCGAUCUUCUAACGUGGUGCUCCGAUGUCCAGUCAUACCCACCAACGAAGCAAAUUCUCCGUGUGCUUGCUGAGCACACCACUGACGCAACUGAGCGCAAGAUCUUACGGUACCUCUGCUCCGCCGAGGGUCAGGGCGUCUUCUGCGACUUCCGAACCGGUCCACACAUCAGUUUGAUCCAACUGCUGCACGCCUUCCCUAACGCCAAGCCACCGCUUGAUCUUCUCCUAUCCGUCCUGCAGCCACUUAUGCCCCGCUUCUACUCGUUGUCGAACGACCCUCAUGAGUCGUUCCUGACACGCGAUGGGAAGCAGCAUCGGUUGAUUGAGAUUGCCGUCACCGUUCAUGAGGCGGAGGACUGGCGCAAUGGGAGUCGGACGGGUAUUGGCUCGGGUUUCUUUCAGAGACAGGCUUUGAAGUUCAUCGAGGCUCAAGAGAAGGGGGAGAAAGACCCAGAGUUUUAUAUCCCCAUGUUCAAGGGUUUGAUGGCCAACCCGCUUGCCAAGCAGUUCGUCUCGGACGGACCGAUGCUUCUUAUUGGGGCUGGCGUCGGUAUUGCUCCGUUCAGAGGCUUCGUCCAGCGGCGUCUCAAGACGGCCAACUGUGCGAACAAGGUCUGGGUGCUCCAGGGUGUCCGUGAUUCGCUGGUGGACGAGCUGUACAGUGGCGAGUGGGGUGUCCAUGAGGAUGAAGUCAAGAAGGUUGUCCAGAGCCGCAGGGGCCCAGGAAGAUAUGUCCAGGAGGAGGUCAAGGCCCAGGCUGACCUUGUCUGGUACAUCAUCAACGCUGUCGACGGCAGAGUCUUUGUCUGCGGAAGCAGCAGGGGCAUGGGCGAGGGUGUUGAGAAGGCGCUUGUCGAGGUUGCCAUGGAGAAGGGCAACCUGGAGCAUGACGAGGCUCAGCAGUUUUGGAACUUGAAAAAGGAGACGGGCCAGUACAUUGCCGAGACUUGGUGA